CACGGGCUAGCUCACGGCAUUGCACUGCGCAGUGCACACCACCGCGGCGCCAUGGCCAGCCUCGCCCCCGUUGGUUCGCUCCUGCUCGCUGCCAUCGUCGCCGUCCUGGUACUCGUACCGGGAUCGUACGGGUCGCGCAGCAACUGCCCGCUGCCGGACCCCGGCCACGGCGGUGGUGGUUCUGGUGGCGGGGGACAACACCCGCCCCACCACGGCAAGCCGCCCAAGCACCACGGCGGCCCACCGUCGGGCCCCAAAUGCCCGCCGUGCCACCGCCCGCCGAUGCCGCGUCCACCACCCUACGCGCCGCCGACUCCACCCUACAUCCCGCCGACUCCGCCGUACGGGCCACCAACGCCACUGCCACCACCGUACGUCCCGCCAUAUGUGCCGCCGUCGCCACCGUACGUCCCGCCUUCUCCGCCAUACAUCCCGCCGUCACCGCCGUACGUGCCGCCGUACGUGCCACCGACUCCGCCAUACGUGCCUCCGACACCGCCGUACGUGCCGCCCCCGACACCGCCGUCUCCGGGGCAUGGGAAGACGUGCCCGGUCGACGCGCUGAAGCUGAACGCGUGCGUGGACGUGCUGGGAGGGCUGGUGCACCUGGUGAUCGGGCGGGAGGCGCGCUCCAAGUGCUGCCCGCUGGUGCAGGGGAUAGCGGACCUGGAUGCGGCGCUGUGCCUCUGCACCACCAUCCGGGCGCGCCUCCUCAACAUCAACAUCUACCUCCCCGUCGCGCUCCGGCUGCUCAUCACCUGCGGCAAGCACCCGCCCAGCGGCUUCAACUGCCCCACCGUCCUCGACGCCUAGCCGAGCUGCAUGCUUAGCCUAGCCAGCUUAAUUACUUACUCUCUAGUGAUGUGUGUGCCUGGCCACGAUUUGUGUUUAUCGGUCGAUUUUAUUUCUUCCGUGUGUGAGGUUAUGAGUGAUGUAGUCCAUGAUCUCCGAUCAAGUGUAGUUCAAUUAACGUGUGCUACUGUCCAUGUUUGUUAAGAUUACAAUAAUCUGAAGCUAAUUCAGCCA